GGCCCACUGGGAGUGUAGCAACCCAAGCAACAUCUGGGAAUUUCUUUCUGUCCUUUGUGCGUGAAAGAUCAAAGCAGCAUGUCUUUUAUUACAGUGGAUGAGAAUUCCCAUUUCCCCAUUCAAAACCUGCCCUAUGGAAUCUUUUCCACACAGGAAGAACCAAGACACAGGAUUGGAGUAGCAAUUGGUGAUCAAGUGCUAGACCUCAGCGCUGUCAAACAUCUAUUUGAUGGACCUGUCCUUUCAAAGCAACGCCAUGUCUUUGAGCAGUCGACCCUCAAUGCUUUCAUGGCGUUGGGCUGGGAGGCUUGGACAGAGGCCAGAACAUUGCUGCAAAAGAUUCUCUCUGACAAAGAACCAACCCUCAGAGAUAAUACUGAAUUACGCAAAAGAGCAUUUAUACCGCAAGCCUUUGCAAUAAUGCAUCUUCCAGCUCAAAUUGGAGAUUACACAGAUUUCUACUCCUCUCGGCAACAUGCUACAAACGUUGGAAUGAUGUUUAGAGGAAAGGAGAAUGCACUGAUGCCCAAUUGGUUGCACCUACCAGUUGGGUACCAUGGACGUGCUUCCUCUGUUGUCGUAUCUGGCACCCCAAUCAGAAGACCAGUGGGGCAAAUGUGUCCUAAUGACAGUAAAAGUCCCCUUGUUGCUGCUUCCAAGCGUUUGGACAUUGAAUUAGAAAUGGCAUUUUUCGUGGGGCCUGGAAACAAGCUUGGAGUACCCAUCCCCAUUGGUGAAGCUCACAAACACAUCUUCGGGAUGGUCCUCAUGAAUGAUUGGAGUGCUCGUGAUCUUCAGAAAUGGGAGUAUGUCCCUCUAGGUCCAUUCCUGGGCAAGAGUUUUGGAACCACUAUCUCUCCAUGGGUUGUCACCAUGGAAGCCCUGAUGCCCUUUGCACUGCCAAAUCCUAUCCAGGACCCCAAGCCCCUGCCUUACCUCUGUGAUGACCAGCCUUAUACUUUCAACAUAAACCUCUUUGUUGCUAUAAAAGGAGAUGGUAUGAACAAGCCGGUAAAUAUUUGCAGGUCAAACUUUAAGCACAUGUAUUGGACCAUGAAACAGCAGUUAACUCACCACACUGUUAAUGGUUGCAACCUCAGACCAGGAGAUCUUUUGGCCUCUGGAACUAUUAGUGGACCAGAACCUGAGAAUUUCGGGUCCAUGUUGGAACUGUCCUGGAACGGGACAAAAAGUAUCGAUCUGGGGAAUGGUCAGUCCCGAACAUUCUUGCAGGACGGAGAUGAGGUCAUUAUGACAGGGUACUGUCAGGGAAAAAGUCACCGGAUUGGUUUUGGUGAAUGUUCUGGAACAAUCCUCCCUGCCAGAACGAUCUAAGAGGGUGUCCUUGACAAAACAUACAAAAUGGAGACGUUUGGAGAUAUUUCUAUCUUUGUUUGAUGUAAAGAAACAUACAAACACUG